AUGCUCUUUGCGAUCAGCGCGCUGGCUCUUCGCUGGCCAUCACUUCACCGCCUCUCUCCCUGGUUCGACGAAGCUUUUCUAGCGUUGUCUCUUUUGGUCGAGGCUAAAUUUCUGUCCAACCACAGUUCUCUCCUGUCAGAGAGUUUGUAUGGCCUCCGGCGUUGCCGCUACGGGCCAAAGUCAGGACCCCCUGGGCCACCAACUCACCAACCCACAAGCUCUGACGCCGAGCACGACGCGCACUUGGCUUUCGACCUUAACGGAGCCGGCUACGGGCAAGGACAAGGGUUGCGGGCGCGAGACAGACGCAAGGCGCUGUUGACGGCGGCGGCUCUCCCUUAUUUCUUCGCCAAGCUUGACGCCGGUCACGAAAGAUCUUUGGCAGCUCGGGCAUAUAUCGGCCUCCCGCGGCGUACUCCGCAGGACGAAGAACCAGCGGUAGACGGAGCAGCAACAUCAGCAAGGAGGAAUAGUUCCGAUCGUGGAAACAACACCGAUGAUGCUGUUCAUGGUGGGAGCGAUGGCGGAGUCGGUGCCGAUCGAGGGGGUGCGCGGGAGUCUAGCUCAAGCCGGCCGGGCUUCUCGGGCUCGGCGAGGAGUGCGAGGGCCGAAGCUAGGCGACGAUUUUCCGCUCUCCGCCAGCUGUUUUUUCAGGUCUACCCACUCCUACGCGCAUCGUACGAAGGGUCGUGCCUUGUUUACCAGUGGCUCUACCUCUUCCGUCGGUCGGCGUUCUUCUCCCCGGCCCUGAGACUUACGGGCAUGGUUGUGAGGCGCGCAACGAUAGAGGACUGGCAGGAAGAUGCUGAAGCCGCGGCGGCAGCGGCAGUGGCGACAGCAGCAGUGGAACCUUCAGCUUCCACGGCGGCGGGAGGGCCGAGUGGUGAGGGUGCGGGCGGUGGCGGUGGCGGUGGCGGUAGUCUUGGAGAUCGGGUGGCUCGGUACGGAAGGGUGCUGCUCAUAACCGCGGUCGUGGCGUUCAAGAUUGUGGAGUGGUGGAAUAGGGUCGAGUCUCAGGAGGGUUCAUCGUGGAGGAGAUCCCAACUUCCGCCCCCGCCCCCUCCGCCUCAGCCCCCACUAGCCGCGCCCGGGGGCUGCGGAGUUCCAUCCGACUCGGGGGCGUGUCCCGCCUGCGGCGGGGCGCGGGUGAACCCGGCCCUGUGCGCCGCGUCCGGGUUCGUUUUCUGCUACGGGUGUCUUUCCGCGCACGUCCGAGAGCACGGGGAGUGUCCGGUGACGGGUUUGGCGUGCCAAGAGGAGGGCAUCGUGCGGCUUUUCGAUGACGAUGAGACGGGAGGAGGGGGAGGGGCAGGGGUGUAGGAUAAGGAGGCAACGCCUCGGGGGUACAAAGAGGGGGUUAGUUGUUUAGGUUUUGAGAAGCGCUGCGGCCCAAGGUGCCCCUUGGGACUGGUUUCGAGCUGUCGUCGUUGACGAAAAGGAAAACCGAGUGGAGGUCCGUUGAUGCCUCAGUCGUACUAGUGGACGACAUCACCCGUAUGCACUAUUUAUUAUUUCCAACGACCAGGAGAAGAGACAAGAGUGUGGGGGUGGUUUGCUGGUAUUGAAGAACGGUCACUAGUACUUCUGUGGUUUGUUUCCUUAUACGACGGGUGGCAUCAGCCACGGUGGGCGGUAUGUUGGGAUUCGACGGCUGGUGACUUGCCAUCAUUCAUUGCUAAAGAGAACAAAGGGAGAGAAAGAGAGAGGAAUGUUGGAC